UUGCGCAUAAUUCCCAGUCUCAAGUUACAGAGAGUUACUGAAGUUUUCGGAGCAUGCAUCUGCAACUCACUUCAGAGAGUUGCCGCGAUUAGGGUUCUGAUAUCGCUGGCGUGGAGAUCGCUGUCCACAGGGACGGUUUGUUGGAUUGCGCGUCGGACACAGGAGGCACAAAAUGCGUGAACAGGUGAGAGAUGCUGCAGCCCACGGAAGCAGCUGAGCACACGACGUGAUGGUGAGCUCCGACGGCAAAGGAAGUGCAAGUUUGAUACCUUGCAGCCGAUGGACAAUAGCUCUAAUGAAGGAGAUGGAUGUUCGACAACCUUAUUAACGCCUGGGCGUGUGCUCCGUGGAGCUGCAUGCAAGCUCUGCUGAAUGCUAUGAAAAGGAGUCAGCCGUUCAUGGUGCUGAAAGUGGAUUUCUCUGACGAAUCAGCCGUACCUUUCUGGAGGGUACAAAACGACUUUGAAACUGUGUUGAAACCAGUAGGCACACACGACUUCGAACAAAACGGGGACCUUUGCCGAUUGAAGAUGGAACAGUUGUGGAAGUUUUGUUACCCACAAUGCAGGUCCAGUCUUUUGAGGAGCAAGAGAAAUUGGCCGCAACCCCUGUACAUCCCGAGGUCUUUACGUUCAGCCCUCUGUGGCAUCUAUUUUGCCUCCUGCUUUCUGGAGCACACCUGGCGCUUUGCCUUGCCUGCUGUCAUAGCCGUGAUGCACCAUACCCUACUUCCUGUUGCUGUGGUCAGCUUUGUGAGUCAGCUUGUAAUAUUUGCAGCAGGUCCUUGGGUGGGAGCUUUGAUGGAUUCCAUGCCUCGGGUACAUGCGUUUAAGUGCCUAUGCGUUGUGGAGACACUCUCUAUGUUAACUUCAGCAGGUGUCACCAUCUAUGCCCUUAAUGGAGCAGCGCCUAUGGCAUCUACGGCCACUGUCUUAUUUCUUCAACCCUGGUUUUUGGUGCUUGUUGUUGCCUCUGCUGUGGAGCAAUUGGCUGGGCUAGGUGCUGGCAUAGCCUUUGAAAGAGACUGGGUGAUUUUGUUGGCAGGAGCUAAUCGGCGGAUUGGCCUAGCAAAUGCAAAUGCCAUUCUUCGCAGGGUUGAGCUGGUGUGCGAGAUAUCAGGUCCCUUCAUUUUUGGGAUACGUUUGUCCCGAUUUGACCCAAAGUUGUGCGUGAAGUGGGCGGUGGUAGUAAUGAUCGCCACUCUUCCUGUUCUGGAAGUAUGCUAUCUUGUUUUUCUGUACCUGAUAGAUAGUACCGAUAGACUUUCCAAGGGAACGUUGCAGCGUCCAAAAGAUGCGAAUCCUGGGUACAAGACUAAGGGCAGCACUGCAGACACACAUCAUGAAGAAGCAGCGGAGGGAGGCUUGCAAGCUGUCAUAAGGGGUUGGAAACAGUAUCUAGCGCAACCUGUACUACCUGCAAGUUUAGCAUACGUGCUUCUAUAUUUCAAUGCAGUCUUGGCUCCUGGUGGUUUGAUGACAACAUAUCUCACCCAGCAAGGAGUGAAUGCAUCACUGGUUGGUCUGUUUGGAGGAUUAUGCGCUCUAGUGGGAUUUGCUGCCACCUUUCUCUCAGCUACAAUGAUCAGCAAGUUUGGGGUGUCGAAGGCAGGUGCAGCUUCGUUGAUUUUCCAAGCCUUGGUACUUGCAAUAGCGGUCACAGUAUAUUUGAGCAACCCUAUCGGGCCGCAAGCCUCAUUGAUUUUGUUUCUCUUUUUAGCCGUGAUAUCUCGAUUAGGUUACUGGGCUUAUGAUAUGGUAGAUGCCCAAAUUUUUCAAACUGCGAUUCCAGCUACACAAGCGAAUCUCGUGGGAACAAUAGAAGUAUCAUUAGCGAGCUUAGCGGAACUAGUUAUGCUGGUAGUUGCAAUUGUGGCCAAUGAUGUAAAAUAUUUUGGAGGUUUAGCAGCUCUAUCGAUGGCCUCAGGAGUGGGUGCUGCCUGGAUUUUUUGGCACUGGUUGGCAAAUCCAACUGACGAUCUAAGGCGGUUAUUUCCUCAUGACCCACAUUUUGAUGAUUCAGACGAAGCAAGGCAGUUAGCUCUGCAAAAGCUGAUCCCGUCGUCUUUCUAAUAAUUUUUGUCGAGUCUUUCAAAUGUAAACGCAAGUAGUUAUCCUUCAGAACAUGCAAUUUUUUCUUCUACGAUAAAGAUAAUGUUAAAUGGUCCCCACUACUGAAGAGCACUUGAUGUCUUGUUAUUGGUGUAGGGCGUGCAUGUAGUUAGUGAUGUGGGCAGGAUUUUGCGUAGAUGAGUGAUAUUUGAAGAUAUAUUCAUCCAAGGAUAAAGAUCCAUGUGCACAAAUUUGUAUCUCGUCCAGAGUUGGGUAACCUCAGCGGUGAACUACACCCCCUGUAAACUGUGUUGUACAUAAAGCUUCUAUUUUUCCGCAACUUA